ACGUACAUAGCCAACUCUCAGGUGGGGGAUUCGGGAGCCUGUGCGACAGCCCUCUUUUGCGGAGUGAAGGGGAAUUUCGAGACGGUCGGACUCGAUCCAUCCGGAAGGUACCAGGACUGCUCGACCGCCCGAUCCGCUCACGUCCCGUGCCUCUUCGACUGGGCUCAUGCCGAAGGCAAGUCGCGCAUGGACGCGAUCGCUCUCUCGGUGCUGCCGUGGCGGAUGACCGUUCGAUCGCUUGCAGGGAAAUGGACGGGGAUCGUGACGAACACUCGAAUCACGCACGCGACGCCGGCUGGACUGUACGCUCAUUCUCCUUCCCGGUAUUGGGAGGACGACGUGAGGCUGUCGGAGCAGGUUCUGUCCGGAGAUCUCCACGGUUCUCCUUGCAAGGACAUCGCCCGACAGUUGGUCGAGGACUCUCCCGGGAAACACAUCAGGGUACGUGGGACUGCAAGGCCUCGAUUUCAGGUGGUAUUCGGCGGAGGUCGCAGGCAUCUGAUGCCGCUGGGGACGAAGGACCCAGGAGACGAGAGGGAAGAGGGACGACGACGCGACGGCCGCAAUCUCAUUCUCGAUUGGGUCGAGCAGCAGAGGAAAGCCGGACGGAACGGCUCCUACAUCUGGAACGGUCAACAACUUCGUGAUCUGGAUCCUUUCAAGACGGAUGCCGUAUUGGGGUUAUUUGGGCAUUCGCAUCUGUCUUUCGAGAUGGACCGAAAUCCAGAGGAACCGUCCCUUGUCGAAAUGACUCGCAAGGCUGUCCAGAUCCUCAGAAGGAGUCCGAAGGGAUUUCUGCUCGUCGUCGAAGGUUCGUUUCGCUUUCGCGUUAGGUAUCGAGAAGUAAAACGGUCGAGAUUGAUUUUUGACGAUGACGAACGAGCAGCAGGGCGGAUGGACCACGCUCAUCACUUCAACAACGCAGCCCGAGCCCUGGACGAGGUGCUGAGCCUGGAAGCGAGCGUGGAAGCCGCGAUGGAGUUGGUGGAUACGAGCAGGACGAUCGUCGUCGUCGGGGGGGAUCAUUCGCAUUCGCUGACUCUGGGGGGGCAAGCUCCCAGGGGGAACCCCAUCCUCGGUCUGUGA